AUGGCUUCACCAACUCCAACUCUCUUCCUCCUCCUCGGCCUCGCCGUCUUCUCCUUCUUCAUCACAUCCUCCGCAGAUCCCGACAUGCUCCAAGACCUCUGCGUAGCUGAUCUCUCCUCCGGAAUCAAAGUCAAUGGCUUCCCUUGCAAAGACGCAGCUUCAGUCUCAUCUUCAGAUUUCUUCUCACAAGGAUUAGCCAAUCCAGGUCUCACGAACAACACAUUCGGUGCCUUAGUCACAGGAGCUAACGUAAUGACGAUCCCAGGGCUCAACACACUCGGCGUCUCUCUCUCUCGCAUCGAUUACGCACCUGGAGGCUUGAACCCACCUCACACGCACCCACGUGCCACCGAAGUCGUCUUCGUCCUCGAAGGAACACUCGACGUUGGGUUUCUCACAACCGCCAAUAAGCUCAUCUCUCAGUCUCUCAAGAAAGGAGACGUCUUUGCUUUCCCUAAAGGACUUGUCCAUUUCCAGAAGAACAACGGUCGUGUUCCUGCUUCUGUCAUCGCUGCUUUCAACAGUCAGCUUCCUGGGACUCAGUCUCUUGGUGCUACUCUGUUCGGCUCUACGCCUCCUGUUCCUGACAACAUCUUGGCUCAAGCCUUUCAGACAUCUCCAGGAACUGUCAAACACAUCAAAACCAAGUUCCAACCCAAGAAAUGA